UUAUGAAAUGGGAAGAAAGGAAUAAAUUUCCUGCUAUGUGAUGAAUAUGCAAGACAAAUAUUAUUGGAAACAUUAUGAAGCUACGAUAACACAAUAUUACAAACAACCGAUCUGAAAUCAUGUAUUGUUGGCAUGUGAAAACAAAAAUCCGCUAUGCUCUGAUGUUUUGUAUUUUCGUCUCCAUUGCGAGUUAUUUUACAAUGUAUAAAACAACAAACGGUGAAGAAUCUAUUUGUACUGAAACAAAAAAUGCAUUUUUAAAUCAAGUUGGACACUUUUGGAUGGCGGGUAUGCAAAAAACACAAAACGAAAUUUUGAGUUCGGAUGAGAAUCUUGACCCUGGAAAAGUGAGAUUAGAUGUAGAAGAAGAUACUCGGAUAAGUGACAAGUUUUGUGAUAGAAAAGUUAAAACCAAUUUGGACAAACAAUACAGCCAGGGAGAUUAUGACGUCAUCGUUGUCAAAAGCCCCAAUCGCCAAUUGAGCAUUCCAGGCAUUGAGAAUGAUCCGCAUUUCGCAGCCACUGACUCAUUUUUCGAGGAUAAGUUGGAAAACAACUUCUUGGAUAAUGAUGAAGAGCGAAACAAGACCAUUGAUCAGAAAGGCAUGAAAGUUGACGAUGAGAUUAUUCAUUCAAAUCGAUCGCAAACUUUUCCCCUUAUCCCAGAAGAUGCACUACUAAUAUUUGGAGAUGAACUAACUCCAUGGGAGAAAAGAGAAAUCAUGAAAUAUGAAAAGAUUUGGUAUGUAGGAGAAGGUGCAAACAAAACAGAAGCUCAACAAGAGGCUGAUAACAAUUACGGAUUUGAUAUUGAGUCAGGAAAAUAUGAAGGACACUAUAAAGUGGUUUUGAACGAUCACAUCGCAUAUCGUUAUCAAAUAUUAAAGAAUCUUGGAAUGGGCAACGGAGGUACAACCGUGAAAGUAUUGGAUCAUUCAAAUAAUGAAUUUCUUGCGAUUAAAAUAUUGGUCAAUUCAACAGCACGGGGUAAAGAUCUUUACAUGAGAGAACUGGGAAUAAUGAAAUAUAUAGAGUCGAACGCAACCAACAAAAAUUAUUUUUCACGGAUGUUUAAUACAAUUUAUUUCCGAAAUCAUUAUUGUAUCGUUCAAGAAUUAUUGGGAGAUUCACUACAUGAUAUUUAUUCCAAUCGUCCGGUAGAAAGUCUAGAUUUAUUACGACGUUUUUCAAGCGACAUCAUGCACGCAAUGUAUUACUUGAGUGAACUCAACAUUUUCCACUCAGAUUUAAAACUGCAAAAUAUAAUGUUUCUUUAUGGAAAAAAUGAUCAGAGUGAAGGCCAACUACUAAAAGUUGGAGAUUUUGACCUGAGUUGUGUUCCCCAUGCGGAAGAUUUCUUCUACCGCUGUCCGGAAGGAGUCGUUUUCCAGCCAUUGUAUUGCAGAUCGCCGGAGAGCUUAUUAAACUUACCUGUAUCAUCACAAUCCGACAUGUUCAGUUUAGGCGUGAUAAUGGCUCAACUUUUUCUUGGCACUCCUUUAUUUAUUGGUAGAGACGAGGUGGAUCAGUUUGCAGCAAUGAUGGAAGUUAUUGGUCUUCCGCCCGCACAUAUCAUUUCACAAGCAAAAGAAAUAUAUGCAAGAGCAAUCUCCUAUGCAACCAGGACAUGGUUCCGUCGCAUACCCGGAAAGAGACCGCUUGAUUAUGUUUUGAGAGAUAUUGAUCCUCUGCUGUUCGAUUUAAUUUCAGAAUGUUUGGAGUGGGAUGCUGAUAUUAGAAUCACGCCGAAAGAAGCAUUACUUCAUCCAUUUUUUACUAAAGUCAAUGGAUAAAUGCGGAUCGUCGUCAUCCUCGUACAAAAUAAUUCGGGAUCAAGAGUUGUCAUUUGACGUUUUUCAUGUUAACGUAUACUGUCCAAACUUCUUACGGCCAUGAAGUUUCUUUAAACGACCUAAGAAGCAUUUAAAUUACCAAUUCGUGAAUGAAAAAAUGAUCAU